ACCAUUGCUCUGCACUCCUCAUCAAUUGGGAGGUUUGCUAAUGCAGAGGGUGCUUUCACUUAUCCUAUGUAUGGGCAUGGUGAGCUGCCUCAAGCUUUCUGUCGCUGUGCUGCGGUUAAGGGUGCCCUAUAUGUGUUGCGGAUGCCAGUGGCUGCACUUCUUAUGGAUGAGGAAAAGAAGCAUUUUGUAGGUGCCAGAUUGGCAUCUGGUCAGGAUAUUUCUUGCAAACAGUUGAUAAUUGAUCCUUCAUACAAAAUUCCUACCUUGGAUGUUCCAUCUGAUGAUUCAAAUUCAAAUUUUCCAAGAAGUGUUGUGAGGGGAAUAUGCAUAUUUAGCAAGUCUGUGAAACAGGGUUCAUCAAAUGUUCUGGUUGUUUUCCCUCCAAAGUCGCUAGAAGAGAAGCAGGUUGCAGCUGUUCGGCUUCUUCAAUUGAGCAGCAAUCUCGCAGUAUGCCCUUCUGGAAUGUUUAUGGCAUAUCUGUCUACUCUCUGUACUGAUGCCUCCGCCGGAAAGCAGUGCAUCAGAAAAGCAAUAGAUGCUCUUUUCAGUCCACAGCCACAGGAUUCAGAUGGCUCCGAAGGCCACCUUGAGUCAACCAGUGAAAGCACCGAUGAUAUGAAGCCAACACUAAUCUAGAGCUGUGUGUAUGUUCAAGAGAUCACACAGGGAACAUCAACACCUGGUUCUUUAUGGUCAUGCCCCAUGCCUGAUGAAAACCUGGAUUACAGGUUCAUACUGGAAUCGA